AAUUUACAAUCAUGUCUGUUGUUGUAAGACUAUUUCGUAUCUGUACCUCCCAAAAAGAGGUCAGUACUCUGGCUCUCUAUAGACGUAACUCAUAUUUGCUUUUUGGUUUGUUUAUUUUAUAAACUAGACAUAAAGCCUACUGACCCUAAUAAAUUAAAUAUGUAACUUUAUCUAUUCAAAUGUAAUAUAUUUAGUCAAUUAAUGAUCAUGCCCAUUUUUCUGUGAGAAGGAUUUCUUUGACAUUUUCACUUUUUCUGCUGCAAACAUAAUUUUUGAGGUAAGUUUAAUUUUUGAUCACUCAAAAAGAGGUGAAGGUUUUUAUCUGACUUUAUAAAUAAUAUGACUAUAUAAUGUUAUGAUUUCUGUACUUAGCAAAGUUUUUCAGGUAUUAAAAUAUCCCAAAAUGGAAGUCUCAAGAAGAAGAGUCCUCCAAAAACACCUGGAACCCGCACGCCCUCUGCGCCGCGUUCCUCAUUUUGAGACAGAACCCAAAACAAAUGCAGCAACAUGUGCACAAGCAGUGGAGGAUCAACUGAUCUCACAGACAACUAUUGGAUUUGAGCAGUUGAUCAAGAUUUUCAACCUCCACAAAGAGAAAAAAGGGCGAAUAUCCUACUCUAGAGAUUUUCUAGUUUCCCUGGCGACUUGUCCUCAGUCCAGGAAGAGACCAGAAUUCUUACCAGAGCAUCCUAUUGUCUUACCCCAGGCAAGAGAGCACGGGAACCUAAUGUGUCGAGAAACAAAGUGGAAUGGUGAUGAAUGGAGAACGGCAGCAGUUUGACUCACCUUAAACAAUUUGCAUGAAUGCUAAAUGCUAAUAUAAGACGUUCUAUGUUUUUCAAUGGUGCUUUCUUUUUCUUCAAUGUGUGACUUUUUUUUGCAUGUUUGUAAUACCAACACUAAGACUGUUUGAAGUGAGGCUUAUACUGAUUAACACUUUAUUUUCUGGAGUAUUUCAUUUGUGGUUCCUUCUUCUGCCAAGUUUGUGAUGAAGAAUGUAUGUAAUCAAAGAAGACAUAAAUGGCUGAUGAAGAAUGUAAACCGUGGUCAAACUGCAAAUGUCCACUUAUUGACCCCAAUUCACGUUUGCAUGUUUUAAUAAACAUGUUACAGUUUGA